UCCCCAUUUAUACACCUCUGAGAUGUGGGCGCAGCAUCCAUCACCGCCCUUCUUCCCUUAAAACAUGCCCCCUACCUCACCUACACCCACCACCAAUAUCCCGCCAACAGACACACAAGCAGCUGGUGCCUCAUCCCAGCAGACUGGGGCGAUAGAUAUGGAUCAUAAAAUCUGGAUACGACCAUAUACCGACUCUGCUUUUGAGCCUUCUUCCAUUCAUAGGAGGAUGACUAAGAUUUUGAAGAGCAAGUACGAGCAUCUUUGCAACACAUGGAAGAGUGUUCCUCAAGAGCAAAAGGAUAUAUAUUUUGAGGAGUUCACAAAAAAUUUUAGAUGGGAUCCUGCAAAUGAGUGUGAAGUAAUAAAAGUGUGGAAUAGGAAGAAUGCGGGGUUAUUCCGGGGAAUGAUGGAGAAGGUUGGGAAGGGGGAUGACAUUGGUGAAUGGAUUCCUGAAAGCAUUAGAGGUCAACUUCGCGAGAUUUGGGCGGAUCCAGAGUAUGUGAAGAAAAGGGAGAAGGGAAAGAUGAACCGCUCCUCUAGUGCUGGCAGGACCACUCAUACUGGCGGCUUUAUUUCACACUCAGAGCAUUAUAAGAGAUUGCUAGAAGAAUUAGGUCGGGAACCCACCAGUAUUGUGCUCUUUCUUCGUACCCAUCAGAAAAAGGGUACGCAAGAUCUCGUCGAUACACGAGCAACAAAAACUGUGGUAAGUAAUAUAUAUUUUAUCAUCAGCUGAUGUCAUAAAUAAAUA